CGCAUGCGCGCCGUGUGGCUGGCGAUCGGCCUUUGGCAGUGAAGGCGGAGCUGGGAAACCAUGAUAGCCACCGGGAAGUGUGUCCUCCACCAGAGCUCCGACAGCACCGGUGUGAGCGGCGUAUCGGGAACCGUGAUUUUCGAGUGGGACGAAACUGAAGAAGUGUUAAUAAAAGGAACCAUUAGCGGCUUGUCUCCUGGAAAGCAUGGCCUUCAUGUUUGCUCCUUUGGAAACAUUACUGAUGGUUAUUUCCAUUCAGGAGAUCAUUAUAACCCAUGUGAUAAAAAACAUGGUGGACCACAAGAUGAAGAGAGACAUGUAGGUGACCUUGGAAAUGUGGAAGCGAGUGAUUCAGGUGUGGCUGAGUUUCAAAUGCAUGAUCGACUACUCCGUCUGGCAGGAAAUUAUUCAGUAAUUGGACGUACUUUGGUGGUGACUGAAAACGAAGAUGACUUGGGCAAAGGUGGAGAUGAACAGAGCCUUACAACAGGAAAUGCUGGAAAAGGUUUAGCUUGGGGAAUAAUUGGAAUAGUUAGUGAAUUUUGCCCAGCAAGUGAAGAUUUAACACAAAAAUCUAAAGAAUGACAGUGUUUGAUUACAGAUCAAAGUAUGCUGUAUUAGCAUACUGCAAUUGAUGUCAAAUUGCAUUGUUUGGUACAGUAUAUAAAGAGGCUGUUGUGUGGAUUCAGAGUUUAAUUCUGCCGAUUUUACAAUGCUCAAUAAUAUGUUAUUAUUCUGUCCAUUUUUACAGUGCUCAUAAUAUUUAUUCAUGUUCAACCAAACUUAGCCUUAAUUUUUGGCUGUAUCUACCAAAUGCUAUUAAAGUUAAUAC